AUGAGAGCUAUUCAGACCAAUGGAAAAGAACUGAACCCAGCUGGAGCUGCUGCCGGCGCCGUGACCCACGGUAACCAAGGCAAGCUUGCCCGCCAGAAGAAUAUGAAAAAUCAGAGUGACUCCGUUAAGGGAAAGUGCCGAGAUGACGGGCUUUCUGCUGUUGCCCGCAAGCAGAGGGACUCGGAGAUCAUGCAGCAGAAGCAGAAAAAGGCAAACGAGAAGAAGGAGGAAACCAAGUAGCUUUGUGGCUUCGUGUCCAACCCUCUUGCCCUCCGCCUGUGUGCCUGGA